UCAAAAUUCUAUAAAUGAGGUCCAAAGGGUUCCAUACAUAGGCUUGAACACACAACUCCAAGUCUAGCCUACAACCUUCUCCUCCCUCCUCCUCUUCUCAAAUCCCCACUCCUCCCUCCUUUUCUUUUACUCGAAACCCCUAAAGUUAAAGCCAACAUGGUCGGACCUUCAGCUGAUCCCACCAAACUCGCUCUCAAAUUCCUCUGCAGCUACAGCGGCAAAAUCCUCCCCCGUUACCCCGACGGCAAGCUCCGUUAUCUCGGCGGCGAAACCCGCGUCCUUGCCGUCCACCGCUCCAUUUCCUUCUCUGAGCUAUUGUUGAAGCUCGGAGAGCUGUGUGGCACAACCGUCGGUCUCCGUUGCCAACUGCCAACCGAAGACCUCGACGCCCUUAUCUCCAUAAAGUGCGACGAAGACCUCGCCAAUCUCAUCGAGGAGUACGACAGAGCUGCGGCGGCCGCCACGCCGUUGAAGAUCAGGGCCUUCCUUUCGCUCCCCGUCAACAAAACUACGUCGUCUCCUCCGUCUUCCUCGGCCUCUUCCUCGAAAUCCUCGUCUUCCAAUCACAGUACAACCUGUGCCUCCGGAUCCACUCCCAGAUUCUCCCUGCCUUUGCCGGCGGAGCGUUGCCUCCGUCAAGUUUCGCAUUCGGCGCCGUUUCAGCGAGCUCCAGCUGGGAAAGCUCCUCACUGUGAUAAUUACCACACUCAUAGAAACCCUAGCCGUCUCUAUCUCGUCCACAACGGAAACCACUGGCAAUAACACACCAAAUGCAAGGCAGCGUCAACACCUUGAAUCACUGAGACUAGUCGGCCGGUCUAAAUCCCAUAUGCCAUUGCCGACAUCCAACACCAAAGCCUAAAAAAUCCCAAAAAAAAAAAAACAAUGAAACAGAUCGAGUAUAUAUAUUACAUGAUGUAAUCGUUCAGAAGGGUUGCCUAUUUUUACCCGUGGCGAUUAAUGAAUUUUCUGUACUACUCCAAGUUCCUCAUUUUUUGUGAUUUGGUGAGUGCUUUUUA